AGAACUGCCCCGCGUGCUUUGAAGAACCCAAGGAGCGCGAGCGCGUCAAGAAGAUGCUCUUCAAGGAGGAGAGUCUCAACCCUGAAAUGUACAACAGCUUCCGCCGCGCGCUGUUGCCGCUCAUGGACAAUGACGUGUACCCGGUCAUGAACGACGUUCGCGCCCGCAUCGACUCGCAGAAGAAGGUCAAGAGCAACGUCGUCAAGUCGACCAAAGCGAUCGCCAAAGAGCAAGCGGUCGCUGCCGUCGAGCCCAAGCCCGAGCCGACGGCCGACCCCAACUAA